AUGGCUCAAUGCCGUAUUGGCCAAGGCUGUGGAGUUCGAAGUUACGCUGAGACUGGUUUGACAUCUCAAGAGUUGGCUAAGAGGUUGCUGAAAUGUGGUUUUCCGUCGAAGAAGAGGUCAUCUGGGUUAGGAAUCGAUGCCAAGGUGAAGUGGAAGGAAACGGUGAAGAAAAAGGAGGCGUUGCUUGUUGAGAGUCGUAACCCAGUGGCUUCCACUUGGACUCUGGUUGCUUUAUGCUGUGGAACUCACACUACUCAUAUUUUGUACUAUCUUGGCAUUCAUAUUCACGGUUCAAUGUUGGAUAUACUGCAUAAUUCUUAUGACAAAGCUGGAUUGGCAGUUGGGGCUUUAUUAGGACCUCGACGAGACCUGCUCUUUGAUGGUCUUCUGGCAUUCACAAAGGGAUCACCAAAUAUGAACUCUCUUGUUGGCUUUGGAGCUGCUUUUGCAAUUAGUUCUGUCUCACUGCUUAACCCUGAGCUUCAAUGGGAGGCAUAA